GGCUUUUCCUUUCUUUGCAACAUUCGGUAACCGACUAUCACGAAACAAACAAGGUUUCCAAGUACAAACAAGCUUUCUCCUUUGGCAGAAAUUAAUCGUUACUUAUCUCAAUAGAGCAAUCCACAUCGUCGACAUGAUUUCCAUUCGUCUUACUCUCGUUCUUGCUGUUAUCAUGGUAGUUCUCGCUCUCAGCGUAGAUGCCCACAAGACCAAUCCACCUUUCAACGGUAGUAUAUUUGGUAAACGAUCCAACACUAUAACUGACUACGCACUUACCAACCGCGCUCUGUCAGCAAUUUGCGAGGUUGCUAGCGAAACGUGCUCUGCUUGGAUGUCACGCCAAGAAUCCAACUUAUCUGAAGAUAAAUAACCGACUGAGUGAUCUAUGGAUUACUAACUAAUUAAUCGACCCAUAAAAUGUAAUCAACAUAGCUUCUGUAAAGAUAUCUGUAUCAUCCGCUUAGAAGUUUGUCACAUUGUAUCUUUUGUCUUUUCUCGUGUGCAUUAUGUUAUAUCUCUGAUCGUACUUUUGUAUUUAAAAGCUUCUACAAUUUAGU